CUAACGUUUCAGUUGUAGUGCCGUACGUCCCGGAAGUACUUACACAGCAGACUUUAAAUUCAGCGCAGAGUGGGUUUGUACAGCAAUGAUUCGCGUCCUCGCUGACAGUUCCUUACAAAUGGCAUCUGGGAGGUGUUCGUUCGUGGUAUUUUGUAUUUGCAGUGUUGUGAUCUCUUCCUCCCGUGGUGUUUACCUGGAACCAGAUCAGAAUAUUAGCCUUCCUAAAGGAUGGAAACAUGUAGGGCGAGUAUCAGCCUCUGACCAAAUGCUACUCGUUUUUUCACUGAAACAGCAAAAUACCGACAAACUCAAAGAACUUCUGGAGGAAGUAUCAAACCCACAUUCUAUCCGAUAUGGUAAAUAUCUCACGUUGGAUGAGUUAUCCAGUCUGAUUCGACCUUCAGAAGAGACUCUGAAAACUGUGUGGACAUGGCUGGAAAAUCAUGGUGUACAAAACUGUACCACAAUCCAGACUUUCGAUUUCUUGAAAUGUUUCAUGUCUGCCAGCACUGCUGAAAAGCUUUUACCUGGAUCAGAAUUUAAUCGGUACACCGAUGGCCAUCACACCUUGAUAAGAUCCCCAGUUAAGUAUGAAGUCGCUGAAGAAGUUGCUGAACACAUUGAUUUUGUUGGAGGUGUACAUCGAUUCCCUCAGAAAAAGACCGUGAUAAGCAAGGCCUGGAAACCUAGCCGGAAUAUAAAAGCAGGCUUUCACUUGGGCGUGACGCCAGCUGUCGUGAGAAAACGCUACAACCUUACUGCAAGUGCAGUUGGUUCUCAUGAAAAUAACAGUCAAGCUGUGGCACAGUUCCUGGGGCAAUAUUUCCACCAGAUAGACCUCUCAGAGUUUAUGGCAUUAUUUGGUAGCAGCUUUGUGCACCACAAAAAAGUGAGUAAAGUGAUUGGAUCCCAGGGCGGUAUAAAGGCAGGUUUGGAAGCCAGCCUGGAUGUGGAGUACAUUAUGAGUGCCGGUGCAAACAUAACUACCUGGGUCUUCAGUAAUGCAGGAAGACACGAAUCCCAAGAACCCUUUCUUGAUUGGAUGAUGUUACUGAGUAAUAUGUCAUCAAUUCCAUGGGUCCACUCUGUCAGUUAUGGAGAUGAUGAGGACAGUCUGUCUCUGGCAUAUUUGAACCGAAUCAACAUUGAGUUCAUGAAGGCAGGUGUACGUGGACUCACAAUACUCUUUGCUUCUGGUGAUGAUGGUGCAGGCUGCAGAGAGGUUCGAAGAGGCGUAAAUAUAUUCAGACCAAGCUUUCCUGCAUCUAGCCCAUAUGUCACAACUGUGGGAGGAACGUCCUUCAAGAAUCCCUUUCAAAUUACCUCUGAGGCCACAGAUUACAUCAGUGGUGGUGGAUUCAGUAACGUGUUUAAGAUGCCAGACUAUCAGGCUGCUGCUGUGAAGUCCUACCUUAGAAGGAUGAAAUCACUUCCCCCAGCUACAUACUAUAAUGUUAGUGGCCGUGCCUAUCCUGAUGUAGCAGCUCUAUCCGAUAACUACUGGAUUGUAAGCAACCUAAUCCCAAUUCCGUGGAUUUCUGGGACUUCAGCCUCAACCCCAGUCUUUAGCGGAAUCUUGGCCCUCAUAAAUGAUCACCGGUUCCAGAAAGGUCUUCCAGCUCUUGGUUUUGUUAACCCAUUGCUUUAUAAUUUACAGGAGAAAGGCAUAACUGAAGCAUUCUUUGAUGUAACUACAGGAUGCCACUUAGGCUGUCUGGAUGAAAAAACUGAAGGGCAGGGAUUUUGUGCUUCCCAGUCUUGGGAUCCUGUGACAGGAUGGGGGACACCUAACUAUCCACAACUACUCAAGGCACUCCUUGCAGGCAAAUUGGCUGAUCCAUAACUUGAAUCAAGUAGUUACAAUUUUAAUGUAAACUACAUGCUGUUUCCAGCUAUUAAAUUUUGUGUAUGUGCCGAGACCAUUAGUGUUUUUCCAGAAAUUCACGGAAACAAUGUUUUAUUGUAAUCUUAAAUUAUGAUUUGGGUUUUUUUCAUUAGAAGGAAUCUGCAAAUAAGGAUAAAUAAGACCAAUACAGUCAAAUGAUUAUUGUAUUUUUCAAUGCUGCUUAAAAUUUAUAUCAAUGCCGCUGACAAUAUUUUCAUUGAAUUACUGAUCAAUGAAUUCAAUAUUAACUCAAUUUCAGUAGCUGAGCAAAAAUGAAACAUACCUUAAAUCUAAAAAAUACCAAGUCCCCUCUUAAUGUAAUGGAUUUUAUAACUAGUUGGUUAUGAGUAAGUUAAACAAUUCAAGUAAGUUUGUAGGUUGUUGUUGAACUUUGAAUGGUCAGUUGGCAGAGUCAGAAUGAUAACAUUUGAAUAUGCUGAUAAAAUACUGGUGAAAGAUUUUAUUUACAUAAUUUGUACAUUGAUUGCAAAGGUACAUUGAUUGAGAAGCAAUACAGAAAUAAAGUGCAUUUAAAGAGGCCCACAUUAGGCCACUCAUAUUUAUAGCUAUACAUUUUGUUUACGGUUAUGCAGUCCUAGAUGAUCAGGUACCAUCUGUCGAUCAAACACAUAGUGAAGGUAUCGAUAGAUUUCUUCAGCUCGGCGGUGACUAACCUUUCCUCGAGAUGCUAAUUCAUCCACUGAACUAAAAUGAAGGAAAAUAAUAAGCUUAACUAAAAAAAAAAUUAUCAAAUAAUAGGACUUUCACAACAAUAGUAAGUGCGUACCUCAAAAGAUGUGUAAUACUGAACACCAAUGAUGUAUACAAUUGUUUACAAAAUUAAAUUCUUUCAUCAAAUAAAA